AUGUCUGCCGACGAACCCACGAACGAAGCCCGCUUGCUGCUAGUCUCCAACCGCCUGCCGAUCACCAUCAAGCGGUCUGACGAUGGAAAAUAUGACUUUUCCAUGUCUUCAGGAGGUCUAGUCAGUGGAUUGAGCGGUCUUUCAAAAUCAACUACCUUCCAGUGGUACGGCUGGCCCGGUCUGGAAGUGCCUGAGCCCGAAAUCCCGGUUGUCAAGCAGCGCCUGAAGGAGGAGUAUGGUGCCGUACCCGUCUUCAUCGACGACGACUUGGCGGAUAGGCAUUACAAUGGUUUCUCCAACUCCAUCCUCUGGCCGCUGUUCCAUUACCACCCUGGUGAAAUCACAUUCGAUGAGGGUGCCUGGGAGGCUUACAAAGAAGCCAACAGGCUCUUCGCGAAGGCUAUCUCAAAGGAGGUGAAGGAUGGUGAUCUGAUCUGGGUCCACGAUUACCACCUUAUGCUUCUUCCGGAGAUGCUGCGCGAGGAGAUCGGCGAUAGUAAGAAGAAUGUCAAGAUUGGCUUCUUCCUACACACCCCAUUCCCUAGCAGUGAGAUUUAUCGAAUUCUUCCUGUGCGCAAUGAGUUGCUUCUGGGUGUUCUGCACUGCGACCUUAUUGGCUUCCAUACCUAUGACUACACACGUCAUUUCCUCAGCAGUUGUUCGCGUCUGCUGGGUCUUGCCACUACUCCGAAUGGUAUCGAAUUCCAGGGCAAGAUCAUCACAUGUGGCGCGUUCCCCAUUGGCAUUGACCCCGAGAAGUUCACGGAGGGGCUCAAGAAGGAGAAGGUGCAGAAGCGCAUCGCCAUGCUGGAGCAAAAGUUCCAGGGUGUGAAGCUUAUGGUUGGCGUCGACCGUCUCGAUUACAUCAAGGGCGUGCCGCAAAAGUUGCAUGCGCUCGAGGUGUUCCUCAGCGACCACCCAGAGUGGGUGGGCAAGGUUGUCCUCGUACAAGUUGCUGUACCCAGUCGGCAGGACGUCGAAGAGUACCAGAACCUGCGCGCUGUGGUCAAUGAACUGGUCGGACGAAUCAACGGAAAGUUUGGCACGAUCGAGUUCCAACCCAUUCAUUUCCUGCACAAGUCCGUCAACUUCGAUGAACUUAUCGCUCUGUACGCCGUAUCAGACGCAUGUAUCGUCUCAUCCACCCGUGAUGGCAUGAACCUGGUGGCAUACGAGUACAUUGCCACGCAGCAGAAGCGCCACGGAGUCCUCGUCCUCUCUGAGUUUGCUGGCGCGGCUCAGAGUCUUAAUGGCAGUAUCAUUGUCAACCCCUGGAACACAGAAGAACUAGCAGGCGCCUACCAAGAAGCGGUCACCAUGAGUGAUGAGCAACGAGCUCUCAACUUUGCGAAGCUAGAUAGAUAUGUCUCCAAGUACACCAGUGCAUUCUGGGGCCAAUCCUUUGUCACAGAACUCACUCGCAUAUCAGCACAUUCCGCCGAGAAGUUUCAAUCAAAGAAGCUCGCGGAAGAAGAAAGCAACGCGUAA